AGUACAGUGCAAAAACAAGAUGCCUAAUACUGGAAUGCUUGACCACAGGGUCUUUCAACCCUCCACCAGACGCGCUACUAGUGCUGUACACUGGUUCGGUGCAUGGCCCAGUCAAGGUGGCUACAAAACAGUGAGAUCUCUCAGAGUUACAAACUUCUCCAGACAUCUCAUCAAAGAAAUGCAGCCUCAGUUAACUCUCCAGCGGCAGUUGCGAUCCAGACCAGGCACAGCCACCUCCCUGGGCAAUUCCGUCUCACCCUUCAAUACGAUUGUGAAGCCGACCUGUGGUUAUUUCUUCUCCAGGGAGACAGACAAUCGCAAGAGAAACAUUGGGAUUCCUCCCUCCAAUGUUGUGGCAUGGCGGUCCUCUCAUAGGACCCAGUCUGCCCCUGCUAGAAGAACCUAAAAACUGUUGCAACCGAUUUUAGCUAGUACAAUGUUUUGUGUCCUUUCACCCACUAUAUUAUUUUUUUUUGUUCUGGACGUUUCUCCACAAGUUUUUUAUUCCUUAGCUGCAACAGUUUGUUGAUAGCUCCUUUG